UCUAAGCCCCGCCCACUGGACCUAUUUGUUCCCGCCCACUGUGGGGUCACUAGGGGACGGCUGAGAGGAAGGCUACAGUAAUGGCGGGCGGCUAUGUAGACUGUCACUGCCACAUGACAGCCGAGGAGUUCUCCCAGGAUAGAGCGGAUAUUCUGGAAAGAGCUAGAAAAGGAGGAGUCCAGGCUCUUGUGUCAGUAACGGAGCACGCAGGAGAGCUGGAGACUCUUCUACACCUCUCAGACAGGUACCCCAGUUAUGUUAUGCCAUGUUUUGGGGUACAUCCUAUACAGAGUACGGCAGACGGUUCCCACAGUGUGACAAUGCAGGACCUGAAACCUGCACUUGACAAGUUUGAACAGUACAAAGACCGUCUUGUUGGCAUAGGAGAGAUCGGGUUAGACUUCACCCCCUGGCUCACUCCCACCUCCAAGGAGAGAGAAGAGCAGCUGAGAGUUUUCCAGAAACAACUGGACAUUGCAAAACAAAUGGACUUACCAGUAAAUGUCCAUUCUCGUUCAGCUGGGAGACAAACUAUAGCUUUUCUUAAGGAACAAGGUGCUGAGAAAGUCUUACUGCACAAUUUUGCUGGUCGCGCCUCAGUUGCCUUGGAGGGGGUGCAGGCCGGAUACUUCUUCUCCUUCCCCCCAAGAGUCGCAAAUAAUGAUCAGAGAGAAAAGCUGAUAAGACGGAUCCCAUUGGAGAACAUCUGCUUAGAGACUGAUUCACCAGCCCUGGGACCAGACCGACAGGAAAGGAAUAUACCAUCCAAUAUCUUCAUCUCCUGUGAAUACAUUGCCCGCGUGAAGGGUCUGUCACCGGAGAAAGUCUGCGAGGCGACCGCCCAUAAUGCCUUCCGGCUAUUUCCAAAGAUCCGUCACAAGAUGAAUAAUAGAUAUUAAAGGGGUUGUCUUGUAUAGGAAAAGCAUUUAUUUUUACAUUUUUUUUUAGCUCAGCACCUUUAAAAUGAAUGGGACUGAGCUGCAGUACUACAUAUGACCUGUAGACAUGAGUGGCACUGUUUUUAAAAAAAUAAAAAGGAUCAGGGUUUUUUCUUAUUAUGGACAAUCCCUUGAAAGGGGUUUUCUGGAACUACAAUGCGGGUGGAGGUCUGACUUCCAGCACCCCAUCUGAUCAGUUGAUUGAAGGGGCCAUAUCCUCUUUAUUUUUUACUAAGUAGUGCCAUCAGGGACAUGCACAGGUUGACUUAAA